AUGAAUGCUUCGCGACCACCGCCAACGACUAGAGCACCGUCGGGUAACAUCGGAAAGCCGCCCUUCCGUGAUAUGGCAGAUAGGAGGAAUGCACGGCGCGAGCAAAAUAUAUCAGCAGGUUUUGAUCCCGCGAUGGAGGCAUCGAAAAAGAAGUUUGCCGAGACGCUUGGACAUCCGACAAAGAAGAAGAAGAUAGGCACGAAGACAGACUCUGGCGCGUCGGCUACAUCUGCGACUGCAAGUUCGAAACCGGCCGAUGUAAAGGAGGAGUGGAAUGUUGGACUUGUUGAGGAUACAGAUGCGGUCUACCAGGAAAAGUAUCCUAAGCCUGACCGGGACAAAGUUAUGGCCUUAUACCAACAGCGAUACAUACGCAAUGUGAUGCUGUCCAGAUCUGCGAGCGACUUCGAUAUUCGGCAAUCAAUCAACGCUGUGUUUGCUGAUCUGCAACCUCAAUCACUCGAUUCCUAUGGGGAGUUCACUGUUCUCAUCGCCAUAGGUGCCGGACAAGGAAGUAAGAGCUACCUCGUUCCACUGAGGCUGCUACACGAGAAUAUGCUCACUAUAGGCGACUUGGAUAUGGCUAAGAACAAUGCAAAACCACGUAAUAUGUUAUCGGACACGCUGAAGAAGCUCUUCUAUAUCGCAUUGCCAUGCGGAGCACCAAACCUGCGUUUAAAGGUUAUGAGCAGGAAGAGAAAACAGAGCAGCGAUGUCGAUAUGGAUUCUCAAGAAGAUUACGAAGGCGAGGAUGAAGGUCAAACCGUCCAUGGGGACGAUAGCCCAUCAGUGGCUUCUGAGAACGUGAACAAUGGUGCAGCUCAGAACAGCGACACCUUCCAGAGAUAUACCGAUGACAGUGGCAACGUCUGUGAGCCUGAUCCUUCUCAGCCGUCUUCCAGCCGUAUGAGCAAUGACGGGUCAGGUACCACCCAGGACCAUACCAUGCAUGAAGAACAAUCUACUGAUGAGUAUAUCUUUAACACGUUCACAAAUGAGACCUCGGACGAUGAGCCUCCAUUCUCACCGUCAGAGGAACUCUUUAGUUGUCUUCCACCGGGUGAUUACUUGGUUGUGACUCGUCUUGUCACGUUUAUGGCACGACCAACGCCUGACCAAAACUGGUGGGCACCGUCAGCGAAGAAGGUUCAUCCGACGUUUCAGAACUUCACCCCUGAAGCCACUGGCCUCACCGCAUUCCUCAGGGCAAUCCGAGCGGCUGGUCCGCAUGUCUUCCCUCCAUCUAGCGUUGCGACAUUUCUUGACCAGGCAUGGGAAAAGAGUGCAUUGAGCGCUGUUUUCCCUCGUCUUGCCAAUCUAACGAUGUGGACUGUGGUGGAUGAAGAAGAAUUUGAUGCCAUCUUCGCACUUGGCCCAGGCGGUCUUCUAAUUCUCACCGAGUUUCUGGCAAGUGUAUAUGAUAUCUUUUGUAAGGAGCUUCUCGAUUGUCAAGAGCCAUCUGUGAUCGCAGUCCGAAAGAAGUAUUACGAAAGUGCAACCGUCCUUCUGACUCUUGUGCGAAAAGUCAGAAGCAAAUAUCAUCGUUCUUUAUGGGACCCUGCCAGUGGCUUCCGUGAGCUGGCUGUGCUGCUGCACAAAAAUUCACAUCAGUUGCCGGUCGGUGACCCGAAUGACAGGAUGUAUCGAGAGCUUCAAAAGAUAAAUAUGAGUACGAUGACUGUCGACCACGUUAAGUUCCACCUACGUGAUGCUUUUCACUCUGCUACCGACCCGACGGACAUGUUUGAAGACGUCGUGCGUGGCGGGCCAUUUGGGCUUGAUGGGUUUUAUUCUAGCUAUGUCCAGUAUGUACUGGAUGUGAUGCCAACCUCGGAUCCUCGCUUCAAUAGCAUGCAUGACCUUCUCCUGGCGACCAGCAAAGCGUUAGGUCGAAAGGUAGCAAACUAUCUCAAGAAGCCAAGCAGUCGGCGAAAUGAAGAUGACAUGACGAACUCAGACUCUCUAGCAUCAGACUGGUAUGAUGAUGUCAAAGAGACUACUGAUGAUAUUAAGACCCGUCGCUCACGUAGACAUCCAGUAUCCGUACAUGAUUCAGACUCAGAGCCAGAUAAAACCGAUUCCAGUCGUACUAACACAAAAGCCUCCUCUUCUGAAUCUUCCAAGCGCCAUCCAGAUCCACCGCCUUCGUCAAAGCCCAAGCCUAAACCACGGCCCCGUCCAAUUCCAGUGGAAAGUGCCCGAGUCCGCGCAGCACGAAAGCUUGUUGAUGAAAACCUUCCGCUCGAGGCUCUGAUGAAUCGGCUACUUUGUGAUUGGCCCCACCCGAAGCCUGAAAAGCGUCCGAAAAUGGAUAAUUGGAGUGUGCUCUCUCUUAAGAAAAAGGCACAGAGGUUGCAGCUUGUGUAUCACUCGGAUAAGAAUGUGAAUGAGACUGAGGAAUGGAAAAAGAUUUCAGCUGCUCUUGUGACAGCGAUAAAUGUAGCUAUUGAGUCGGCAAGGCUGUAGCAUUCGAAUAGAUGUAAUCAAAUAUACGUGAUUGGCC